GUCACCACAACUCAAACGGCGGCGGAAGAAAGACUAGUAAAAGCAGAGUCUGAUUAGAUCCUCUUCGAUCAUAAAAGGAUAAUAUCCUUCAAUUGAUGAGAGAGAGAGAUGGGAUGCGCAAAGGAUGGAGGCUGUCCAAGCGACUACAUCGCCAUUGCAACAGCCAUUCUCUCCAUACUUGCGCUGUUUGCACGGGCAACCUUACCAUUUCUUCUUUACAAAAUUCCUACAAGGAAAGCUAGUGGCUUAUGGCUUCUGAUAAUUCAAACUUUCGCAAGCGUCACCUUUCUAUUGUCCAUGGUGAUGUCUGUCAAUUUACUGAAGUUCAAACGCAAACAUACAUGGCAGUCGUGCUAUAUUUGGGCAGUCUGGGUUGAAGGUCCACUAGGGUUUGGUCUGUUGAUGAGCUGUCGCAUUGUACAGGCUUUCCAACUUUAUCACUUGUUUGUCAAGCGGCGUUUACCACCGAUCAAAUCAUGUAUCUUACUUCCAAUGAUUCUCUUGCCAUGGAUUGGCGCAUCUGCAUCUAUACAUAUACGGAAACCUAUAAAUUCUCGGUGCCAUAUGAGGAGUCAGUGGGUCAUACCAAUCAUAUGCCUUCAUGCCUUGUAUAUUGUGGCACUGGUUGGCAUUACCCGGGCGAUUAGACACAUCGAGUUCAGGUUUCGUGAAUUCAAAGACCUGUUACUGGGAAUAAUCAUGUCCAGCACAUGUAUAGGAAUUUGGAUUGCUGCAUACAUUUUGAAUGAAGUCCAUGAAGACACUCCGACAGUUCAAGUUAUCUCAAGAUUUUUUUUGUUAGUGACGGCAAGUAUUCUUAUACUUUCUUUCUUUUCAAUAUCAACCUCUCAACCAUUGUUGUCGCAAAUGAGCUUGAGGAAACGGGAUGCCCAGGAGUUUGAGACAAUGGGUCGGGCUCUGGGUAUACCAGAUAGCGGACUACUCUUACCAAGAACAAUGGCAAAGGAGAUGGACAUAAAUGAGCCUUUGGAUAAGCUUCUUCUGAAUAAAAGAUUUCGUCAUUCAUUCAUGGCUUUUGCUGACAGUUGUCUGGCUGGGGAGAGUGUACAUUUCUAUGAUGAAGUCCAUGAGCUGAGUAAGAUACAUGUCGAUGAUUCUGUGAGAAGGGUCUACAUGGCACGUCACAUUAUUGAAAAGUAUAUAAUCAGUGGUGCAGAAAUGGAGGUUAACAUAUCUCAUAGAACCCGUCAGGAAAUACUAGGCACUCUUGAUCUUGCUCAUCCCAUUCUAUUUGAUCAUGCAAUUAGCGAGCUGAUGCAGUUGAUGAAAACGAAUUUGGCGAAGGAUUAUUGGUCAUCCAUGUUCUUCAUGAAGUUCAAAGACGAAUCCCAGAUGCAAACUGAUGGGAGUGAAUUCAUGGAGCAUUUGUCAGGGUGGGACUUCUCUCCUAGACUGAGUUCAGUUCAUGGUGCUGAUGAUCCCUUUCACCAAGAGAAUCCAAACAAGUGUUCAGAUUGCAGAUACGACAUCCAUGAUGUGGACAGGUAUUUGUAGUCUCCACAAAGAUAAUCUUCCUCGGCUCAACAGGGUCAGCUGGGCACAUGGUUUUUUUUUUUUAGGAGUUGAUUUUGGCCUACAAGCUGGACAGGAAAGUGUAUUAUGUGACAAGAAAAAAAGAGUAAAAGAAGAAGAAGAAGAAUUGUGCACACACUCCCAUUGUUGGUGCUUUUUCAGAUAGGAACCAGCCAUCCGAGGGGGUUAAUGAUGGCAUAUAAUCACAUGUAUAAUCAAAUCAUCUUGCUUAUGUUUAUAGUAAAAAUAUCACUUGGUUUAGACAA